GCGUGAUCUUUUGGAAUUUUAAAAGUCCUUGUGAUACCUUGGGUGGACACAACCUUACCCUGCCUGACCUUCUACGGGGGAACCACGCGGUCUGUUCUCUUACCAGAUACGGCCUCAACUGUAGAUCAGCCUUCAUCCCUUUUGAUUUCCUUUCGGCCAUCCAUCGGCGAAACCAUGUUAGCCCUAACUCAUAUGCUGUCCUCUGCGUCCCUCUCGUCAUCUCCGUCAAGUAACAAUAGUCCGCCUUCCACUGCCUUCCAAGACUUUACUAUGCUUGGCAGUCGAGGCGGUCCGUUGGUAACGAGUUCUCGGCCAAAUAUUGCCAGUCGCUACACGCCCAACGCCAUACGAGACGGGUUCGAUACUGGCAGACGAAAGAGCUCUCCUGGCUAUGGACUUGCUCGCGCCAAUCAGCUAAUGUCUUCUCUAGGCUUACCAUCGCCUGGGUCGACGCCUAAGUUUGCCAACAAAAAUGCCCUGGAUAUGAAAUUGCCAAUGUAUGGCAAGCCGGAAGGGAUUGACAUUGUGCAGUGGCUGUCCACUACCAAUCUAUCCGACGCUCAAAAUGAAUCCAUUUUAUUACAUGAUAUGGACGCAUUGGACCGUUUAACACCCGGCUUGGCGGAUCAAGACAUGUAUUCAGCGGAGGUUCGGUCGGCUUCUUCGAAUAUGUAUUCUGAGGAUGUUGCUGGCCCUUAUGGACUACGAGGGUUAUUAGCCAUUACUGCCGAUGACUCGCCUAGUGAUCUUUUGGUGAUGACGGUUGGAUGUGAUCCAUCGAGCCUAGGGCUAGACUUGGAUUCAACAAGCUUGCUUUCUGAGCAAUUUUAUUCGCCAUGGGCGGACCAUCCGCAUAUCCCUGACGUCCCGGCCCACUACAACACGGUUCCGGUGCCUUCACCCAACCUCAUUGUUCAACAAAUGUCCACGUUCUCGAACGAAACCUUGUUCUACAUGUUUUACUCCCUACCUGGCGAUAUGAUGCAAAAUGCCGCCGCUAUGGAAUUAUAUCAACGCAAUUGGCGAUACCACACUGAACUGUUUGCAUGGCUUACCCUCAAAUCAGGCUUGGCCCCUCCCGACACCUCAUCCGACUAUGUCCCGUGUAUUAUUUUCGACCCUUCGUCAUGGACCUACGUUUCUCAAAACCUGAUCAUUGGCUCCAACGCCCUUGAACAAAUUUACUGACCCCACUCAUCAUCCCCCCCCCAACUUUUGUACAUAUGUAUCCAUUUUGGCUAGCCUUUAUAUAUAAGUAUGCUGCUAUAAUUUAUUUCUUGAAAACUUUUUGGAUGUAGUCGUCAAUGAUCGCAUAUAAGCGCCGACUUGCAGUUA